AUGGGUAAGAUGGAUCGCCUCUUGAUUCUGCUUCUAGCGGUGUUCAUCACUGGUACCAUCGCUGCUCCUACUGUAGAGGUGGUAAAUCCACCCUCUCCUGUGGUACGAUUAGUCAAUGGCAGCACCAUUUAUGAAGGACGAGUGGAGAUGUUUGCCUACGAUGCUUGGGGAACGGUAUGCGGUCUUUCCUGGGACAUGAACGAGGCUCGUGUUAUCUGCAGACAGCUUGGCUAUGGACCAGCCAUUAGUGCCUCGGGUGCUGCUACAUAUGUUCCUGAGCCUACUAACGCCAGCCCGACUGAACCACCCUACUACGACUGCAGUUCAUAUGAGUGGCAAUGCUACUACAACGGUGAAUGCAUUCAAGACUACCAAAGAUGCAACGGAUACUCAGAUUGCUACUAUAACGAAGAUGAAUACAAUUGUUUCGGAAACGCGGUUGCUCCCACUGUAGACGUCAAUUCACCCUGUUCCGUGGUACGAUUAGUGAAUGGUGACACCAUCUAUGAAGGCAGGGUGGAGGUUUUUGUCAACGGUUCUUGGGGAACGGUGUGCGAUCAUGGUUGGGCCAUGAGGGAGGCCCAGGUCGUCUGCAGACAGCUUGGUUAUGGACCGGCAAUUCGUGCCCUGGAUGACGCUGCAUAUGGUCAGGGUGUUGGUCCUAUUAACCUUGUCCAUGCCUACUGCAGCGGUUGGGAAAGCUCGAUUCUCGAUUGCCAAUCUUACUUCACUGAUCACUGCUUUCACAGUGAAGAUGCUGGUGUGAAAUGCUCAGGCCCCGCUACGGUACGCCUCGUUAAUGGAGGCGCUUCUAACGAGGGCCGAGUUGAGGUUUACCACCAAGGCGAGUGGGGUACGGUCUGUGAUGAUGGAUGGGGCCUUGAUGAUGCUAAUGUCAUCUGUCGCAUGCUUGGCUUCCCUGCUGCAUUCAAUGCUUGGCACGGUGCUCAUUUUGGUCAAGGAUCAGGUGGGAUCAUACUUGACGAUGUUAACUGCCAAGGAUAUGAAUCCAGCAUCGCUGAAUGUCAACAUAAUGGCUGGUUUAGUCAUGACUGUGGGCAUUAUCAGGACGCCGGAGUUACCUGUGAGAGUGGAGUACGAUUAGUAAAUGGCAGCAGCUUAUAUGAAGGAAGAGUGGAGCUGAUCGUCAACGGUGUCUGGAGAACGCCUUGCAGUAAUACCUGGAGCAUAGGCGAUGCAAGUGUAACCUGUAAACAGCUUGGAUUUGGAUCGGCAAUCAGUGCCCUGCGUUACGCUCCAUAUGGCCCGGGCAUUGGUCUUAUUGUAAAUUUACACUGCUACGGGUGGGAGAACUCAAUUUUGGAUUGUCAAUCUUCCACCUCUACACGCUGCGACAGCGGAGAAGUUGGUGGUGUGGUAUGCUCAGCUAACCACGAAAUCGACUGGUUAGUGGUGGUUAACACCUAG